GGGCCGGGGCCGUGUGGUGGGGCGCUGCGGAGCAGGUGCCGGGGCCCCGGGGCCGCGGCGGCCGCCUCGGGCGUGUGCAGGGGGUGGCCCUGCGUGCGGCGCGCCCCUUUAGGCGCAGGCCCCGCCCCGCCCGCCCGGCCAGCCGCCGCCAUGAUCUGCCUGGUGCUGACCAUCUUCGCUAACCUCUUCCCGGCGGCCUGCAGCGGGGUGCACGAGCGCACCUUCCUGGCCGUGAAGCCCGACGGCGUGCAGCGGCGGCUGGUGGGCGAGAUCGUGCGGCGUUUCGAAAGGAAGGGCUUCAAGCUGGUGGCGCUGAAGCUGGUGCAGGCCUCCGAGGAGCUGCUGCGCGAGCACUACGCGGAGCUGCGCGGGCGCCCCUUCUACGGCCGCCUGGUCAAGUACAUGAGCUCGGGGCCCGUGGUGGCCAUGGUGUGGCAAGGUCUGGAUGUCGUGCGCGCCUCGCGGGCGCUCAUCGGCACCACGGACCCUGUGAACGCCCCGCCCGGCACCAUCCGUGGGGACUUCUGCGUGGAGGUCGGCAAGAACGUGAUCCACGGCAGCGACUCGGUGGAGAGCGCCCGCCGCGAGAUCGCGCUCUGGUUCCGGUCCGACGAGCUCCUGUGUUGGGAGGACAGCGCGGGGCACUGGCUGUACGAGUAGCUGCCCCCCACAGGACGCCCCCUCGGACUCGGAUGGGGCUGGUGGGCAGGACAGCUGGCACUCAGCUGGCCCCCGUUUCUUUUCAUAAUAAACUGUAGGAAGACCGUG